UCUUGCUCAACGCAACCCACGACGUCCUCACCGUCGAGAUGAAGGUCGUCACCACCUUUCAUCAGCCAUCUUCUGUCGCUCAUUCUCUCAAAUGCACCCUUAGCCCCGACCAACUCCACCUGGUUGUUGCCAAACUAAACACCCUUGAGGUCUAUUCAGCUCAGCCUGAAGGACUUAGACAUGAAUGCACUGCUGAAUUAUAUGGCCGUAUCUCUGUCAUUCGAACUAUCACGAGAAAAGAUGACCCGGACAAUAUCCUGCUUAUGACGGACCAUCCAGCCCCUAAACUCGUCGUAUUAUCUCCGAAAUGGAUUAGCAAUCGACUGUCCUUGGUUACUGUUCAGACAGAAUCUCUCUAUGAGCAGAUCGCUCGACCGUCUGAGUUUGUGCACAACGUAUUCCUCGACCCAUACGGCUAUGUCGGUCUCGCACACUGCUACACAGGCAAGGCCAAGGCCUUCACGAUCAACGAUGGUCUGUUAGAGGACUUCUGUGAUGUCUUGGUCCCUGAACUCAACAUCCUAUCUCUCACUCUGGUAUCCUCUCCAGAACAAGCAAUCGACACACCAGAUCCAUCAGCCCUUGCCAUCCUGCACCUCGAUCACCGCCAAAACAUCCAGCUUCUCCUCCGCGAUCUCAACAUCUCGGAGUACGAGCUUUCUCCUUCUCCAUCCCUCAUGUUCACUCCCGCCACAAUAUCUUCCAAAGUCUUCGAGAUGGCCCCUGUCCCGGAGAAUCCCCCCAUCAUCGUCAAUAUCCCACCUCUACAGCUCCCAAACCCCGAAGCUAUGGAAGGCACGUCAGAUUUCAAUGGGGGACUGUUGGUCAUAGGCGGGAAGAAGCUACUGCUCUUCGAGCUGACAAGCAAAGAGUUCCAAAGAAAGCACCACAAGAGACUGAGGAAGCAGGAAAGUAGGCGAAGUACAUCUGGGAAGGAUAAGGCGAAAGCGGAGCCGAAAGAGGAAAAGGAAGGAAAGUCGCGGUCAAAACCGAUAGCUAGUGUAGCAUGGCCAUGGAGUGAAGUCACUGCAUGCUGUCAGGCGAAUGACGAAGGCACGCGGUAUCUCGUAGGAGAUGCAUAUGGCCGGCUUGCUAUGCUUUCCCUUGAUUCGCUAUACGACCAAGGCUUGAUCCUUAUUCCUUUAGGCGAGACAUCUCCAGCCACGACGCUAACGUACCUCGAUUCCCAAUUCCUUUAUGUUGGCUCGCACUUUGGCGAUUCUCAGCUCAUCAAGAUCCAUCGACAACCCUACGGCUACACCAACACUGACACGCUUCCACUUCUCGGUAUACUCCCACUCGAACCUACCAAUCUGGCCUCCUCCUCCGGCAAAGGAAAGGCAAAGGCGGCAGCUGGAAGAAAGUCAGAUGGACGCAUUCUGGGAAUGAAAGGAAAAUACCUCGAAGUCGUUCACUCAUGGAGGAAUAUUGCACCCAUCUUGGACGCCGUCAAAGCGGAUACAGACGGCAGCGGAUUGCCUCACAUUGUCACAUGUUCAGGCGGCAAGAGUACUGGCAGUCUCAGGGUCAUUCGGAACGGAGCAGAUUUCCAAGAGAAAGCUGUCGUCGACGGCCUGGAUAAUAUGACAGGUUUAUGGGCACUGCGAUCGCAUAACAGUGACAAAGAUCACUCAUACCUGGUAGCAAGUGACAAAGAUGAGACACACCUCUUCCGCUUCGAAGGGCCAGAAAGUCUACGCCGUGUGGAGUCGUCCUCCGAAUCUUAUUUCCGCAUGAACAAACCGACAUUAGCCGUGGCGAAUGUGGGCGACCUGGAUUCAUCGCUCAUCUUGCAGGUUACUUCUGACAAGGUACAACUGUUGGAGUUUGAUGCCGUCCUGGAGAUAUUCCAUCUAUCUAGUCAUUGGUCACCAGAAAGCGGCAAGCAAAUCACGCUAGCAUCAAUAAGUCCUACGCAAGUCCUUCUGGCCCUCGAUGGUGGUACAGUGGUGUUACUGGGCCUGGACAAAAGCCGGAAUAUGACUGUGCUCUCGACUCGACUAUAUAACGCCGAAAUAUCCGCCCUCUCUUGUGCACUACCUAACGCUCUUGGUGCCGUCUCCUUCUGGGACUCAGACCGGAUCGAACUCGUAUCGCUCGGAGGCUCAACACCGCUUUUAUCCACCGUCACCUCCAGAGAGAUCGGCUCGUCUGCCCGCGCCCGCUCCAUCUUGCUACACAAAUUCGACUCCACCUCGAGCGAGAUGCAGCUUCUCGUCGGCCUGACCAACGGGAUCAUGGUAGCCUUUGUCGUAGCAUCUUCAGAAACGAAGACCCCAGAACUCCAGGAUCGCAAGACAUUUGCGAUGGGUAAUAUGCCUGUUCUGCUUGUGAAAGUGAUGGUCGAUGGACAUACGUCGGUUUUGGCGUCCGGAAGCCGCUCGGUCGUUGUCUUCUGGGAGAAGGGAAGGCUGAAGACCUCACCGGUCAUGCUCAAUAAUAUCUUCGCGGGCGCGCCGGUCGACACGCCGUGGUCACCAUCAUCCGUAGUUCUCGCCACCGGAUCCAAACUGAUCAUCGGCAGCGUCCAUGGACUCGAUAAAAUGCACAUUGUCCCUGUCACUGCCACACCAUUCGGUCUCGAUAACCCACGACGCAUCGUGUACGAUUCCCACGCGUCUGUAUUCGCUGUUGCCUGUACACGGAUUGAACCAGCACCUGUGUUUGGAGAGGAGGUAUCAAGGGGAAGCUUCAAGCUCUUGGACGACAUCACAUUCGAACUCAUUGGCGAGGUACCAUUUGCAGAAAAUACAGACCAAAUGCAGGAGAUCACGGCCAUCCACGCAUUCCAGCACGUCGAAGGCAACAUCGCCAUUUCUCACUAUUGCGUUGGAUUGGUGACGUAUCAGCUGGACGAGAAGGAGCCAAGUCAUGGCGAGCUGCAUAUCUUCUCGAAAGGAGGAACAGAACCGGACGGGACGGUGAAAGCCGAUCUGCUUGAGGUGGUCAAGCAGGAAGUGAGCGGUUGUGUGUAUGCGUUGGCGUCGUUUGAGGGAUAUAUCGUAGCUGCGAUCAACUCUACCGUGAGCUUCUUCAAGUUGGAUACGAGUGGGACCGAAGCCACGCUGGUUAAAAAGCACGAAUGGAACCACAACUACCUCGUCACAAGCCUCGUAGUCUCUGGGUCAUAUCUGCUCAUCGGAGACGCGAUCAGCUCGGUCUCCGUCCUCCAGGUUAUACAGGUAGAUGAGAACGGAGAAAUUACUGAGAAAUUGAAGACCGUGGCGAGGGACUAUGGACCGCUCUGGCCUGUAUCUCUGCAAGGAUGGGGAAAGGAGGGCGUUAUAGGCGCAAACAGCGAUUGCAACUUGUUCUCUUUCACGCUCCAGCCUGUCACACCACAGAAGACCGUAUUAGACCGUGAUGGUCACUUCCACUUAGAUGACCACGUCAAUAAGUUCUUGCAUGGAACAGUUCACUCGUCGGAGAAGGCCGAAGACCUGGAUAUUGAAGCGAGAUCGCUAUUCUUCACUGCCUCGGGACGAAUAGGCCUUGUCCUAGACAUGGGCAAGGAGCUCUCACUGCAUAUGACCGCAUUGCAGCGGAACCUUAACGGAGUGGUCAAGGACGUGAGCGGUACGACCCAUAAACGAUGGCGUGCGCCAGUGAGCGGCCGUGGGCCAAGCGACGCCGACGCAGAAGCGUACGGGUUUUUGGACGGCGACUUCAUCGAGCAGUUCCUCAACUACGACGAGCUCUCGCCGGAAAUGAAGCGUAUUAUGGAGGGCAGUAGUGAUCCGGAGAGGUUGGAAUUGAGUCAUCGUCAGAUCCUGCAUACGUUGGAGACGUUGCAGAGUAUGCAUUAGUGUGUUGUAUGGGUGACCUACUUAGUGAGAAGUCUUGGCGAAGUGUAGAAGAUGGUGUUUUAGUUGCUUGUUCUUGCAUAGAAUGUUUUGUUGUACGAAUAAAAGGCACUUAUAUCAUGCUUUA